UUGGGGUAUCCUAGAGUGGAUAGAAACUGAUUCCAAUGAAACAAUCUCUACCAUUUUCAUAUCUUCAAAUGGCUUUAUAGUCAUUCUGCGGGUUCAACACUCCAAUACAACGCCUGAGUGCUAGAAUCAUAGUAGUAGACUGGUCUCCGUUAGUCUCUAGUUAAGAUCUUCCCAGUGCUGCUUCCUUGCUCCUGGUCUGGUGUGGAGAUGACUGAGCUCACAGGCAGAGUGUCGCCAAACCCGCUUGGUGUUGUUACAGCUCCCUGUGUGUCCAAGGUGGAGCUUCGUGUUGCCUGCAAGUCUUUGCUGGACAGAGAUACCCUCAAUAAAUCUGAUCCUUCUGUGGUUCUGCUGAUGCAGUCUCAGGGACACUGGGUGGAGGUUGAUCGGACUGAAGUUAUAAAGAGUAAUUUGCAUCCAGUCUUCUCUAAGAUUUUCAAUGUGGAUUAUUACUUUGAGGAGGUUCAGAAGCUUCGAUUUGAAGUGUAUGAUAUACAUGGCCAAUGCAGCAUUGGCACCCGGGAUGAUGACUUUUUGGGUGGCGUGGAAUGUACACUUGGGCAAAUUGUUGCUCAAAAGAAGAUGACAAAGCCUUUGUUCCUAAAGUAUGGAAAAUACGCUGGGAAGUCUACAAUUACGGUUAUUGCGGAGGAAAUAAAUGGAAACAAUGGUUAUGUGGAAUUAGCCUUCUGUGCUAAGAAGUUGGAUGAUAAGGAUCUUUUCAGCAAAUCAGAUCCUUUUCUGGAGCUAUACAGGAUUAAUGAUGAUAAGAGUGAGCAACUUGUCUACAGGACAGAGGUUAUCAAGAACAAUUUAAAUCCUGUGUGGGAGUCAUUUAAAGUUUCCCUGAGUUCACUUUGCAGUUGUGAUGAAAAGAGACAGCUAAAGUGUUUGGUCUGGGAUUAUGAUAGCCGUGGGAAACAUGAUUUCAUUGGAGAGUUUUACUCCACUUUUGAGGAACUGCGGAAGGCAAUGGGAGAAAACAAGAUCCACUGGGACUGCGUUAAUCCAAAAUAUAAAGCAAAAAAGAGACAUUAUAAAAAUUCUGGAACUGUCAUACUGAAAGAUUGUAAGUUGCACAGGGUAUAUUCCUUUUUAGAUUACAUAAUGGGAGGAUGCCAGAUUCACUUUACGGUAGCCAUUGACUUCACAGCUUCAAAUGGAGACCCACGAAACAGCUGUUCUUUGCAUUACAUCAAUCCUUAUCAGCCCAACGAGUAUCUGAAAGCACUUAUCUCCGUCGGCGAGAUCUGUCAAGACUAUGACAGUGAUAAGAAAUUUUCUGCCUUGGGAUUUGGAGCAAGAAUUCCUCCUAAUUAUGUGGUUUCACACAAUUUUGCCAUUAAUUUUAAUUCUGAAGACGAUGAAUGUGAAGGAAUACAGGGCGUAGUUGAAUCUUAUCAGAGCUGUCUACCUAAAAUCCAGCUUUAUGGACCGACAAAUGUGUCUCCCAUCAUAAACAAGGUGGCGAAGGUGGCUGCUGAGGAGGAGAAGUCGAAAGAAGCCUCUCAAUAUUAUAUCCUACUGAUUCUAACAGAUGGUGUCGUUACUGAUAUGGCGGACACAAGGGAGGCAAUAGUCCGAGCAUCAUACCUUCCAAUGUCCAUCAUCAUUGUUGGCGUUGGGAAUGCAGAUUUUACAGAUAUGCAGAUACUGGACGGCGAUGAUGGGGUUUUACGAUCUCCAAAGGGGGAACCUGUGCUCAGAGACAUUGUUCAGUUUGUCCCCUUCCGUGAAUUUAAAAAUGCUUCUCCAGCAGCUUUGGCCAAGUGUGUCUUAGCAGAAGUUCCAAAGCAAGUUGUGGAAUAUUACAGUUACAAGGCGAUUCCUCCAAAGUGUCCAGCAGUGGAUUCCUCUGAGUCAGCAUGCACAACUCCAGAAUAAAUAAACUGAUGUUUGCCAGCGCAGGUCUCUGAAGACAGAAAAUGAUAUGACAGCGAAAAAUAACUUUCAUAUUACGUAACUGGUUUGCUACAAACAUAUUAAUGUGAAGCAAAAUAAUUUUCAUAACUUGAAAAAAAACAAGUUGCUAUGUCCUUGCCAAUGAUCAACCACAGCAAAACAUUUGGAUGCUGAAAGAUGAUGUUUGGGGAACAUUGGCUAAUUCCCAAACACAUCACAGUUUUAGUGCUUUUUCUGAAUCAAUGAGACAAUUUAAUAUCUGGACUGAAUACAUCCAAUGCGGCACUAGUAACCUCUUAAGACAACAGAAAUAUUUCAUGAUUUAAUUCCUUUUUAUUCACAGUACUUUCAAAAAACAAUUACACCCACUGGGAAAAAUGCAAACCACAUAUGGAAAAUUUUCUACAUUUGCAACAUGGCAAUUAAUCUGAAAAGUUGGGUUGUUUGGUUGAUUUUUGAGCAAAUAUUCUUCCAGCAGAAUUUUACAAGAUUUUGUUUUGCCUGAAUUAUGAAACAAAAAUGCAUGCAAAAAUUAAUAGGCCUAGCACUAAAAUAGGAAGAUAAUUUAAAUCGAGGUGUUUUAAAACAAAUGGGAAACUACUCCUUUGGAUCAGAAUCGCUAAAAAAGAAAAGAAUAUCGAGGGAUAAUUUGAAUCAGUCGGGAAGUCAGCAGGUUUCCUUUAUUUGCUAGAAGUAGUUGAAGAUUGUUAUUAAUUCAAGGAAGUUUUUAAUGUAAGAAUGUUCACAUCUCAGUAAGGGAUUGAUUUGAUGUGAAGGGUUGAAACCUUUCUAGCAGCUGACAUAACACCUUAUACAGAAGUUUGACUUACUCCUUGUUGGGUAUGGUGCAUGCUGGGCAAAUAUGCUGGAUAGGAUUGGGAUAUCUAAACCGCUGAUAAAUUUAAAAGGAUUUUGUCUUCAUAGUAAAGCUGCUGGCAAACCAAUUAUCUAAUCAGCAGGAAGUGAGAGAGACAGAAGCCAGAAAAAAAAAACAAAUUUUAUCCUCAAGUGACGGUUUGGUAUUCCAUGAAACACAUUUCCCACUUGCUUUUUGUUAUAAAUAAUCCAACAAUAAAUGUUUGAAACAUCAGUUCAUGGAUAAAGUGCCUUUUUAAAAAGGUAAGAUCAUUGCAGCAUUCUUUACCACUAAAUCUCUGAGUUAUGAAGAACCGAAUCCCACACAUAGAAUUUCUCUUGGAUGGAUGUAGGAGUGGUGUUGAAUUUAACUAUGGAAAAUGGUACCUCAUGGAUUUCAUGGCACAAACAGUAUUUAUCUUUUCAAACUUUUUUUUUGUUCAGAAAGUCUGUGCAGAAAAGGAGAAGUUGAUCAGGGACAUAAAAUAAAGUUUAUUACUGUAGGAGAAAAAGAACAAAACAAUCGAUGGACAGGAAGUAGUGGAGCCUGUGAAAGAGAUUGAGCUGGUACAGUAGUUCAUAUAAAGAUGAGGAUGGCUAUGAACAAAGACAUCAGACACAAUAACAAAGGGAAAAUGUGUGCACAAUUAAGUUUUGUUAUGUUAACACAAUUCUACUGUAGAAUUUCAAAUUGACAGCAUUUAGUUCACAUUGUUUAAUUUAUACUGUCUGGCAAGUGCAGAAUAAAGUUUUUCUU